GUCGAGGAGGACAGUGACAACAUCCCAGCCCCAAGUCCGCAUAUUUUGAAACUCUCGCCCUCGCUGCUGCAGAACGAGGCUGAUUUCUGGCCCACUGACCUCGGAAGGGAGACAAGCAUGGAGGGCACAGGAUACAAGGAUGGGACAGCCAUAUUGCAAGCCCUUCUGAAGACAAGCCAGCAAGGACAGACCAUAACGUUUCCCGGCAAUGAAGAGCGGUUCAGCAGCGCGAUGUUCAGCUCAGAGGUCAAGGUGGAGGUGGGACCAACAGACCACACGUCAGGGUCGUCGUCAAUCACAACGCGCAACAUCACCAACUACCCUUGGGAUCACCAGUACCUGUCAGGAAGCCUAGUGGCUCUUCACUGCUUGGGAGAGUACCUGGCCUAUGCCAUCAAGUCUCCACAGAAAUCCAGUGGAAUGGUGAGAAUUAUUAACCGAAAAUCGGGGGACCGUGGCCUGGUGAAAAACAUCCGUGGAAUGGUGCGAGACCUUGCCUUUGCACACCUCAACCAGAGAGUCAUAUUGGCCUUUACAGACCAUUAUGGCACUCUUUAUGUGUGUGAAGUGUCUGCGUCCAGUACAGAAGGAUCACUUGACACGGAGCUCUUGCUAGAGGUGAACAGCACAUCAGAUGAAGCCAGUGACAAUCAUCGCAUCAUCUGGUGUCCCUACAUCCCUGAUGAGCAAGGAGGAGAGGAGGAUAUAGACGACCCUGCGUACCUGCUAGUUCUCACACAUGGCAACAGAGCGGAGAUAUGGAACAUCAAUGUUGUUCUGCGUGAAUAUGGAAAAGGGCAGAUCAUGCGUGACAGAAUAUUAACUGGCUACCAACUCAUGGAGCAGCACUCAGCACCCAUCACAGACGCUGCAUUUAGUCCUGAUGGUACAGCUUUAGCAACAGCUGCCCGGGAUGGAUUUGUUAAGUUCUUCCAGGUAUACAUGGCAGAUGAAGAGAAGUCGCCAAGAUGCCUUCACCAGUGGAAUCCCCACGACGGCAAGCCACUCUCCGCACUCUUCUUCCUCGAUAACCACAAAAAUCCAACCCCAGAGGUUCAGUUUUGGAAGUAUGCCGUCACAGGUGCCUGCAACAAUUCCGAGCUGCGCGUUUGGUCAUGUGAAUCGUGGCAGUGUCACCAGACACUACGCUUCGUCCCUUCACCGUCCCUGGGCUCCCUCAAGUUCAAGGCUGCCAUGGACCCCUCUGCUAAUUUCCUUCUUCUCUCCGAUAUCAACCGACGCGUUAUGUACGUGAUUGUGGUGUGCCAGGAUGGUAAUGCCAACAGUGGUGGAAGCGUAGGGAACAGCGGGGGAAUUGGCACCAGCGGCAACUGCAUUGGUGUCAAGAACGGUGGUGGGAGUGGCGGCAGUGCCCGGCUGGUGUCGGUGUCUGAGCUCCCGGUGCAGUACCCUGCUCUCUCCUUGGCCGUGACUGACGCAGCGUGGAAGCCCUACAAGCGGUGGAAACACGACCACGCUCACGACCAUGCGCACAACAUUCACGAUGAUGGUGAUGAUGAUGGAGAUGGAGUCGAUGUUGUUGAAGGCGUUGUGAUGCGCUUUGUCAUCAUCAACACCAAAUCGCUACAGGAAGCAAUACUGAGAUUCCAGCCAGCCAUUCCCUUGUCUGCGUCCAAAGCCACAACUUCCUUAGACUUGAGUGCCUCACAGGAUUCUAUUGGGGUGAGGGACGGACUGACGGAUCUCAGCAUGAGCCUCAGCACCACCGUGUCGGAGGUGGAAGGGGGGGUGAGUGGGGACGGAGGAGGGACGGAAGGCCAACCUCCACCUCCCCCGCCCCCCGAUGCCCUCACCUCCCCCCAGAGCAGCAGCCUGACAUCGCAACACCCUGCGUUGCACACCCCUCCUGCCACACAGCCUCCUAUGAACCUGCUCACCCCCGACUCCUUCAGUUCCCCUCGCAAGCCAGAGGACAUGGAGCAUCCUGACGAGAACAGUGAGGACAGUUCUCUCUCAAGCAAGGUAACCCCUAUAUCCAGCAAGUACGACGUGCCCUACAACACCAACUUCGAGAACGCCACUCUCUCUCUCCUAUUGCGGUGCGGCUCGGGUACCCUGAUGCCCGGCAGCGAAGGUGAGGGAGCCAACAACCUCAAUAUCUUGGGGUCAGUCGUCUCCGGAUCGUCCAAGUCGCCCCCAGCCACGGCGCUACCCCCUCCCCCCUCUGGGACGCCUCCUCCCCUUGAUUUCCAGAAUGCUGAGGAAGCGCCACUGGCCACGUCAGAAGUGUCUGUGACUGCAGCGGCUGGUCGUGGGGGGGCCAGCGCCACAUCUUCGCCUUCCUUGGAGGUCCAGCAAAUCCUUCAUUCACAAAAUGGUAAGAGUUCAGACUACGCAGAGGAUGAGGACGAGGAAGACAUCAGGGCGGCAGAUGAGGUUGAAAUGCCUGAUGACGACGAAGAUGAGGAUGAAGACGAGGAGGAGGACGAGCCAGAAGCCCUGAGACAAGCACAUUCCCAUCCCAAGCCCCCACCUCUCCCCGAACCCCAGGCGGUGCCCCAGCCUCCUUCCUCACUGGCGCAGCCCACACCCACUUCCAUAGCCCCCUCUCACUCCUCGAUGCCCCAGCCGUCGUCCCUACCCCAGCCCCCGUCGUCCAUGUCGCACACCUCUCUGCCACAGCCUCCCCCUCCUGCCAGCCAGCCUAGCUCCUCCAUGCCACAGUUACCCCCUGUGUCUAUACCCCAGCCCCCUCCAUCCAUGUCACACCCACCGCAGACCGUGCCAAAGUUGCCGCUGAAAUCGCCACACCUACCAGAAGCAUCGCCAACACAGAUGAAUCAGUUGACACAUGCACAUGACACGCAGAAAUCUAUGGCCUCGGCACAGCCUGUUGAUGUGUUUGCCUCGGUAAAGACACUCCCUGCUCAGAUAACAUGUGCGCAGCUGGAGGCAGAGAUCAAGGGAGGAGCCAUCAGCCCAGAGGCCACAGAGAGCAGCACCCAACAAAACAGUCACCAGAGCCAAAGAAACAGAAACCAUGUGGGCCUCGUGCGAGCUACAAACAGAAGUGUGCCUGAUAUGAGAAGUUCGUCAAGUUUAGAACAGACACAGCUCAACGGACCAGUAACGCCAGGGGUAAGCGCUGCUGAAAUUUCCGAACUGCGUAGCCUUGUGCGCAGCAUAAGCCUCAGCAGAGACCAGAGCAAUGAGGUGCUCUCUCAGACCCUGGCACUUGCAAACAAACUUGACAAAGCAAUCCAGCAGGUCAAUCAACUGGCAAAGCAAGUGGAGGAGGUGAGGGCUGCUCAGUCUCAAGUGCAGAUGGACCUUCCCCAUGUCGUUGCUGCCUCUCUGCGGCCAGUGGUGGAAGCCACACUCAGGAGCGAGAUGCGGAAUAGUGUAGUACCUGGAGUAGUAAAGACCAUGGAUCCCCUAAGAUCUCACGUGUCACAAGAAGUCCACAAUCUCAUGAAGACCUCGGAGAACCAGGUCAUUGAUGCCGUCACUAAAGUCAUCCACUCCAGAACUUGA